AGGAGGAACAGCAUGGCGACGGAGCACGAGCCAUUCAACGCUCAGCUGCGCCGCCGUCACCGCCACUGGAGUCUCCGGGAACUAGUGGCCUUCGUGUGUCAGUAGCCAGCCAGCAUCCCCGGCCCUCUUGUCUGCUGCAGCCGCUGCUAGCAGUCCCACAGCCUGCCUGAGGGUUACGGGCUGGGCAGCCAGCUGGCCCUCUAGACCACACCGACCAGCUGGCUGGGGCAAUGGAGGACGUGAAGUUGGAGUUUCCCACCCUACCACAGUCCAAAGAAGAUGCCGAGGAUUGGACCUAUCCCAUGAGGCGAGAGAUGCAGGAAAUCUUACCUGGAUUGUUUUUGGGCCCAUAUUCUUCAGCUAUGAAAAGCAAGCUACCUAUACUACAGAAACAUGGAAUAACCCAUGUAAUAUGUAUAAGACAAAACAUUGAAGCAAACUUUAUUAAACCAAACUUUCAACAAUUAUUUAGGUAUUUGGUACUGGAUAUUGCCGAUAAUCCAGUUGAAAAUAUAAUACGUUUUUUCCCAGUGACUAAAGAAUUUAUUGAUGGAAGUUUACAAACAGGAGGAAGAGUUCUUGUCCAUGGAAAUGCAGGAAUUUCCAGAAGUGCUGCCUUAGUUAUUGCAUACAUCAUGGAAACAUUUGGAGUGAAAUACAGGGAGGCAUUUACAUAUGUUCAAGAAAGAAGGUUCUGUAUUAAUCCUAAUGCCGGGUUUGUCCAUCAGCUUCAGGAAUAUGAAGCCAUUUAUCUAGCAAAAUUAACCAUACAGAUGAUGUCACCACUGCAACUGGAAAGAUCAUUAUCUGUUCAGUCCGGUACUACAGGCAGCUUGAAACGUACAUAUGAAGAAGAAGAGGAAUUUGGAAAUAUGCAAGUUGCUGCUGCACAGAAUGGAUGAUGGUGCCUCAGACCAACAUUAUAUAGUGUAUGACUUCCUAAACUCAGAGUUGGAAAAGACUACAGGAACCAUGUAGUCCAACCAGUACCUGAGCAAGAAUUCACUUCAGACAUUUCGUUUUCCUUUUGGAUGGCUAUAAUUACUGAGAAGUCAAAAUUGGCCCCUCUGCAACUUCUAUUCACUGCUUAGUACUGCCUUCUGACUUCAAGCAGAAUAAAUCUGAGCCUUCUUCCUAGUCCCUUCGAAUACUUGAAUACCUGAAUACUUGAAAUACUUGAAUAAUAAAUUAUCCUCCUUGGUCUAUAGCUUAGAAUUUAGAAUCUCUUGGAUUAUUGAGAGUAAGAGGGUCUAGUGAUAUGAAUCACUGAGAGUAAAGUUUUAAUAAAUCUCCA